AUGGUGGAUCCAGUUAUGGCUUCCUCAACCAAGAAACCAAUCUUCAUCUUAGAUCUGUCCGGACAAAACUCAAACCCUAUGAUUCCUGAUUCCUUUGUUUCGAAUCACUUAAAGGGUAACAUUCAGUCUACAAAACUGAAACUUACUUCAGAUGCUUCGGACAGAACAUGGGAAGUUGAGUUGGAUGGUCAGAGAUUCGCCCGUGGAUGGAAACACUUCUCUGAUCACCACUGUGUACGAAGCGACGACGUUUUGAGCUUCAGGCAGGACGGUGACAUGGUCUUCCACGUUACACCGUUCGGACGCAGAUUCACUCAGCAGAUUCAGUUCAUCUCGUCUACCUCUGAAGCUUCUGAUGAUGAUGAUGAACACAAUAUCUUUGAUGAUGAUGUUUAUGAUGAUGAAGAUAUUGGUGAUGAAGAUGUUGGUUAUGAUGAUGAUGCGACAUCGGAAGAGGAACUGUAUCCAAAUAAAACUUUGUCGAAGAAGAGAGCAAGAACAGAAACAGAAUGUUCAUCCGAAAACACUUAUCUUGUUGCGCACGCCACACCUUCAAGCCUAAACCGAAACCAUAUGUAUCUUCCAAGCAAAUUUGCGAGGGCAAAUGGUCUGAACAACAGACAGUGUGAGAUCGAUCUAAGGAACGAACAUGGAAAGUCUUGGACUCUUGAUCUUACACACCACAAAUCAACUGGUCAAGCAUUUGUCCGUAAUGGCUGGACAAGUUUCUGCAAGGCAAAUGGGAUCAAAGCCGAAUCUUUUCGUAGAUUCAAAUUUGUCCAAACCGGAACAAAACCUGUGCUACAGUUGUGUCCCAACACUGAAGGUGAUGAUGAGAUUGAAGCCGAAGACUGCUCAGAGCCUGCUUCAAUGAAUCAGAACAAGAUCGUGGCAUUAGAACUUAAACCUUACAUGUUUAAGUCAGGUCGAGUUCGAGUACCUGCAUCAUUCGGAAGAGCUAAUGGGAUCAAUGAAGCGGGAAAGAUAACUAUAGUGAACAAAGAUGGAAUAGAGUGGAAGUUACAUCUAGGUAACAUGAAGGGACGUGAGCUAUUCUACAUUAGAGGUUUAAGAAAUUGUUUUGUAGCCAAUGGUAUAAAGAAAAUUGGUGAUUCCUUCACACUAGAAGCUAUCAGAGGAGGACCUAAUCCUAUUCUCAAGAUCUGCUCCAAGGAAGCAUCAUGUGAUGGCUAUAAGACUCCACAGCCAAGGAUGAUUCAAGCGUCACGAGAUGAAGAAGAAAAGGAAACUAAAGUACAAAAGAAAGCUCGAGUUUCUGCAGUAGGAGGACCAUCUCACCGUACUAGGGCAUCAAACAGAUCUAGUGCUGGUCCAUCAAACUUGCAGCCCAAGCAACCUCCUCAACCUUGCUCUACCUCUGAUCAAGUAGCAAAGGUGAAGCAGAGUGUCGUGGAUGCUUUAACCGAUGUAAGACAGUUUCGGUCAGAGCUCGAGGUGAAGGAACGUAAUCUAGAAGCUGCGCUGCUGGAAAUUGAUGUGUUAGGGGAAAAGAUAAUGGGAAUCAGCAAACUCUUCAACAUCAAUCAAGUCUAAAGCAUGUGAAGAUCUGAAAAGUUUGGAGGGACAAGAUCAGAAAAUGAACAAUGUGCUUUUGAUAGGACGAUGGACUUUAGAAAUUCAC